CAACUGCCGCCAACGCGCUGAUUAAUUAAUUUUUAAAAUUAUUGUGUUUUAAUUCGUAAAUUUUAGAAUAUUUUAGAUUCUAGGAUAAGUGUUUGGUUUCGUUACGUGUUUUCGAUUUAAAUUUAGAAGUUCCAUUGUGACAUUGUGCGUCAAUCCUUUAAAUUUGUAAUUUCCGGUGAACGUUCCGUGUGGCAGGUUGCUUCGAUUAUUUCCGGACACAGGUCUACUCGGAACCAUGAACAGACAAUCCGUCAAGUCGUCCUCCAGUGCCCACAACCUGCGGACACCUCCGACGGGCCAGAUCAGCUGGAAAAAGUUCCCCGCGCCCACCGGAACGGGCUUCGCUGGGGACGAGGACGAGGAGGACAAGGAAAACUCGGUCCGCAGAGAUCCCAGGCGGAAGCAGCUGCUGCAGCGAGUUGCCUGCUCCACUAGCAAGAAGCGGGUCCUCUUUCGGCGCCACAGGCCACAGGCGGUGGGGGAGCAAGCGGAGACACCGCCGACGUGCGAUCGGAAAGCGGCCAAGGGUGGCCUCAAGCCGAGCAGUAUCUUCACGCCGUUGAACAAGCUCAGGACAUCCCAGCGUGGCAACUCGGGCACGGACUCGGACUGGCGCAGCUUCUUCAGCAACUCGUUCGAGGUCAACCAGAGCUUCCCGGGGAUCGUUAAUCGGCGGGUGCGGCGCCGCGAUGCGGACCUGCUGCUGAACACUCCGUUGCGAUUCUACCGUGGGCCGUCGGAGGCGCCGAUAUCCGUUGUAACCACAACCGGCGGCAGGAAGCGCCACCAGCGGUCAGCGUUCCUGAUGGAUCGCGUUCGGGUGGACGGUGCGAACGGGUUGCGGUUCACGGCGUUCCGGCCGAAGGGAUGCCUGGGGGCGGGGGUUAGCUCGCCGUACAAUAAUGCGUCGUACGUGGCGUCGGCGUCGGAAUCGAUUGGACGGCUGCCCAAGACCGGGAUCAACCCGAACAAGGCGAUUUUUACGAUCGAUGCCAAGAGUUCGCAGAUAUUGAUUGUGAAUCGGAAUGCGUGCGAGUUGUUGGGGUACAGCUCGAAGGAACUGUGCGAGAUGCAGUUUGCCAGUUUGUUGCCGAACAAGAACAAGAUGCACGUUUCGGCGUUGUCCGAGGGUCAGCUGAACAGCGAAGAUGGCACGGUGAUCAUCUUGAGUGGAAAGGUGGUGGAGCUGUGUACAAAGUCUGGGGAUCACGUGGCCGUUUCGCUGUGGGUUCGUCAGAUUGAUAAUGAAGCUCGGUGCUUGGCCGUGGCGGAACCUGUGGAACGGAGAGUGGCCCAACUGGUGGUGGACAAGGGCGGGUACGUUGUGUCUGGAGAUUACGAAGCGUUGAUGUUGUUCCAGCUGGACUCGAUCGAAAAGUUUAAUGGAAUGGACGUUACGUUGUUGAUCCCGGCGAUUCAGUUGCCGGACGCGGACAACAGCAUGAUUGCGAAGCACAUCCGGAAGCAAAAAGCCACUGGGAAAACGGCCGAAGGAGUGGCCUUUCCGCUCUGCCUGAUGAUUGCCCAUCACGACUCCGGUACGGACACCGCCGACAGCGGCCUAUCGAACCCGAACCAUUUGUACGUGAUCACGAUUUGGGUCUUCACCAACAUGUCCGGCCUGAUUGUGAUCGACGAAAAUUCCGUCAUUGAGUCGUGCAAUCAUCACUUCUCCAUGCUGAUGUUUGGAUACUCGCAGCAGAAGAUCAUCGGCGAGCACAUUACGAAGAUCUUGCCCAACUUUGGCCAGGAGUGCGAUUAUUUGGGUUUUAUGGUGCGCAGUCGGAAUGCCACGCUGUCUUCGCUGGACAACGACGAGUCCGAAACGGAGACGGACCACGUGGACUUUGAGAACAAGGACGAGUUUAUCCACAACGCGAUCAACAGCAUGAAGAGUGCCGAAACGGGGGAUGUCGCGUCCGGAAGUCCAGUGAAGGAGUCCCGGAAGGUGUGUUUAGAUUUCACAGCCAACUCCACCAGCAACAACCGCACGGACGGCAUGUCGAUCUCGCUGACAGCGGAUCAUCCUCCGGCACCCGCCGAACCGGCAAACGAAUCCAGUGGCCUAUUCAGCUCGAUCAUCGUCUGUUCAGUUCCCGAGAACCUGCUCUACCUGGAGAGCAACAGCGAAAAUAACCGCAACUACGCGAACCUGUCCGGGUCGGCCAGUUGCAACGCGAUCAAAACGGCGGCCACAACGUCGUCAAGCUCGGUUGCACUUCGCGAGGGUGUCCUCACGAAACCGCCAGCGCUGGAAGACCUCGUCGACUGUGAUCUACUCACGCCGGUCAACGACACCUCCAAGAGUCUCAUGGGAAACGCCAGCGAAGACAACAGCUCCAAGGAGCAACUCUACAGCACGGAGGACAUCAACUCCGCCCUCAGUCGGGACUACUCCGCCCCACUGAGCGCUCCUCCAACGGUCACCACGCCUCGCUACAUCAAGCCUUACGAACUCUCCAAAGCCAUGGUCACUUCAACCCCGGACCAACAGAAGCGACACUCGGCCGCGGCCGUCCUGCCCAACCUGCCUCCCACGACAGCCCCAGCGGCAGGCGGUCCCCGACGAUCGGCCAUCUACACCGACGGCAAGUAUCGCGGCGAGGCGAUCCAUUACGACGGCAACGUGAUAGACAUCCUGUACACCAUCUCGAAGCAAACGCUGCCCUGCGGUCGGAAGGUGUUCUGCAUUUGGGUGAGUCGCGAUCCGGAGUCGUCGUACAACGACGUGCUCGAGGAGGACGAAGAUCGCCACCAGAAUCUGACGCUGACGUUCAACAGCAUCACGAGCACGGUGGACAACUCGCUGGGGCAGGCGAUUAAGAAUACGGCGGCCGCGGCAGGUCAACAUUCGACGGAUCGACCGGCGUCCGCUUCGCGAAUGUCGCAGUGUGACGAUGAUCUGACGCACGGCGAGUACAGCAAGUAUUAUACGCUGGUGAGGCACAUCGGGAAGGGCGCGUACGGGUACGUGAAGCUGAGCUACCGGAACUCGGACAGGCUGCUGGUCAUCUCCAAGUUCAUCCUGAAGGACAAGCUCGUCCCACAGUUUAUGAUCACGAGCGAGGACAACCGGGAGAUUCCGAUGGAGGUGUAUCUGCUGACCCACGUCAAGCACCCAAACAUUGUCAACAUGUUCGACUGGUUCGAGAACGAAAAGUUCUUCCAGGUGGUGAUGGAAAUCCACGGCUCCGGGAUGGACCUGUUUGAGUUUAUCGAUCGGCGGCCGGUCAUGACGGAAAAGUUGGGCUGUUUAAUCUUCCGCCAGAUUGCGAACGCGGUGGCCUUUCUGCACUCGUUGAACAUUUUGCACCGAGAUAUCAAGGACGAGAACGUGAUCAUUGAUCACAACUUUCAUAUCAAGCUGAUUGAUUUUGGGUCGGCGACGUUCGUGCAGGAGGGACAGCUGUUUUCCACGUUUUACGGCACAACGGAGUACUGCUCGCCGGAGGUGCUCGCUGGCAAUCGGUACAGCGGGCCGGAGUUGGAGAUGUGGGCGCUCGGAGUGACGCUGUACGUGUUGAUGUUCUUCGAGAAUCCGUUUGUGGACGUCGAGGAGAUUCUGCAGUCGGAGUUGAUCAUUCCGCACGAGAUCAGCGAGGAGUUGGAGCACGUGUUGCUGGGCUUGCUGGACAAGAACCCAAAGACGCGACUGACCAUCAAGCAGCUGCUCGAGACGGAAUGGAUGACGCAAGAGAUCAACCAGGCGCAGUUCAACUUUGCCAAGAUCAUCCCCUGCGAGCCGUACGAAACAAACCCGGAAAAGUUCUACGUGGACGCGAACGUUUGUUCGAGCCAGACGGGCCUGUCCACUUCGCCGCAUAGUCUUUCGAUGGAGGGUGAGUCGAUGGACGGGGACGACGCCCACAUGGACGAUUCCUUCCUGGACGACGACGAGUGCUGUCCGCUUUCGCACGACGACGACAUGCCGCCGGAUCGAUGUGAUGACCACCCCGGAAACGUGCUCGCAACAGGGUUGACCAGUCUCUCGCUGCGGGAACCGGACGGAACGUGCAUAAGCCUGGUGGAUGGCGGAGGCGACGGCCGCAUGAGCCAAUCGGCGAUGGGAGCCAUUCAGCAAUCGACAGGUUCGAAGCCCGCGGGACCAGCGCUAGAGGAGGAAGUGGCCACGGACGACAACAGCGAGAUUCUGCUGGUGGUUCUGGACGAUGACGACGACGACGAUGGCGAUGGCGAUGAGGAAGACAGCCGGUUGUUCCGGGACGACGACCUGUCCCGGAGUAGCACCCACAGCAACCGGUUGCACGGUUCCCCCAGUAAGGGAGCUCGCCAUCGGCGCCAGCAGCGACAAAGCCAGCAGCAGCAGCAUCGUCGUCGGAGGGCGUGGGAGACGUGCGUGCCGAAGGUGGUGGACACAUCCGGGGUGGUGGCGCCCGUUUCGGUGACGGAGGACUACGCCAACGAAAGCUUCGAGGAGGAUGUGGAGGAGGAGGAGGAGAAGCAGCGGCGGCACGUGAGUUGAAUUGGGACGUUUGGGUUUCGUUUUCUGUUUCGUUGGCUUUUCGGAGUUACGCCUAUUUUGGUUCCGCGUGCCCUUAAUUGAUCCGUUAUCGUCGUUUUUUGAGCAAGAGAGAAACAGAAUACACUGAAGAUGUUGGUAGCAGUAGAAGCAGAGCAAGCAAAGAUUAGUUUUUUAGAAAGUAGCACAAAAAUUAGCAAAAAGAAAUUAUAACAUAAAGUAGAAACAGAAGAAGAGAAAGAUAUUGUAGGAUAGUGCAAGCAGAUUUUAUAGUUGAUUCUAGAGAAAGUAAAACAAGAGCCAACAAAACUCACACCCAAACACACACACAACUUUGUCGUUAUAGCAAAUGAGAUAGACAAAAAAGCAAAAGCAUCUACGAGAUUAUAUUAUAUCAUUGUUGAGCAGAUUAUUGAUUUUAAAAGAAACAGAAAUAAAAGCACACCCCGCAGCAAAAAAAAAAAAUAAAGAGAAAGAAGCAAAUUGUAAAUAUUUCCCGUCAAACAGAGCAAGAAAAAGUAUUAAAGAAUGCAUGGAUUUUUUUCGAAGGGGAAAAGCCACACACACAAACUCAAAAACAACCAAUAGUAAUUUCUAAUCAAACCCAAAAUAAAAUUCAUUUCUUGAAGAAUACCAAACACCGAAAAGGAUUAGUCUUCAAUGC